UCCGUCCUGCAUUUUCCACCUCUUUCUCGUACCCAGGUUUCUCUCUCUCUCACACUUGACCAUGGACGCACUCUCUCUCUCCUCUCCUCCCCUAUCCACAAACCUCUCCUCCCACCUGCUUUCCCUCAACACCCGUGCCCCUCUCUCUAAACCCCCCACUCUCUCUCUCCGACCUUCCACAUCCCCACAGUAUUUCAAAUGCUCACCACUUGAUUCCCACCACUUACCCAAAACCCCCAAAACCCUGGCCGCCCGCAACACUCUUUACAUGUCGGCCCCGCAGGCGCCGCCGGCGCCGCCACCGCCCAGGAGAGGCUUCGGCGACGGCGACGUCAUGGGGAUGCUGUUGAGGGAGAGGAUCGUUUUCUUGGGGUACGGAAUCGACGAUUUCGUGGCCGACUGCGUUAUCAGUCAGUUGCUCCUGCUGGACGCUCAAGACCCGACUAAGGAUAUCAAGCUCUUCAUCAAUUCCCCCGGUGGGUCCCUCAGUGCGACAAUGGCGCUCUACGAUGUCGUAAGGCUUGUAAGGGCUGAUGUUUCUACAGUAGCAAUGGGCCUUGCUGUUGAUACAGCUUCAAUAAUCCUUGGUGGUGGCACUAAAGGCAAGCGCCUCGCCAUGCCCAAUGCACGGAUAAUGAUGCAUCAACCUAUGGGUGGUGCAAGUGGAAAGGCUUCCAAUAUGGAAAUUCAAACCAAGGAGCUCAUGGAAAGCAAGGCUAGUGUCAUAAAAAUCAUAUCCGAUUUCACUGGGCACACAUUGGAACAGGUUGAGAAGGACAUUGAAUAUGAUCGCUACAUGUCUCCUAUUGAAGCUGUUGAAUAUGGAAUAAUUGACGGGAUCAUCGAUAGAGAUAGCAUUGUUCCACUUAUGCCUGGGAGAGAUGAAAGGUUUUCGAAUAAAUUCUCUGAUAUCGUGGACAACCCAGAGCUAGAUGUCCCUGAUGACGAGAUAUAUUAGCUGGAGGCCACUAAUACAGUCUUUGUUAUGACGCAAACCAAAGAUAUGAAGAUAAUGGAAAGCCCAUCUUCCGCCAUCGCCGUCGUCGAGUUGUCCAUUUCCGUUGUUGUUGAGCUUGUUUUCUGCGGUACCCGAGCUCGAUUUUCCCGUUGUGCAGAUCGAUUCCACCGUUGUGGAGUUCUGUUGUGUUGUAGUUGUCGCCGGCGAGUUUGAAGUUGGGUUUGUCGUGGAGUCAGUGAGCUGGAGUUGGUGCGUAGGGGAGAUGAGAGACAAGAACCGAGAGACCAGCACUAUGUUGGUUCUGUUUGGUGGGGAGACGAAAUGGCCACCAUCAUUUGGUAUGAAGGUUGACGAGAGCAGUGGAUUGGGUAGAGUUAAGUUUCAGCAUUGUUUUGGAGUAGAAGGGUAAUGUCGUCUUUUUAGAUUGAAAGUCAACUUUAUUUAAUUGUUUUGUUCACGACAAGUCUCGUAACUAGCGCGUCUUACCCUUUCUGUUAGUUUGGAUGAAAAAGCUAAUGGUAGCACUUUACUCCAAAACCAUAGGGAGGCAAAUUGGUCAUUAGUAAAAUUGAGGGAGGUCAUCUGCAAAACGGACAAACCUCAGGGAGGUAAUCCGUACUUUAUCCAUAUUCUAUAUGUGUAAUAUAUCAAGGAUUCGCCGAUUCAUACCCUAAAAAUAUAUAUUUUGGUUGUUACUUCAAUCUUGAUUCUUUUCUUCCUAGUCUGACGUCGUUUCUUACUAACUUAUGGGGUAUGCGGGGAGAUAUUAGUUGUAAAAAAACAGAAAAAAACAGACUAAUCUCUAGGUGCCGAUUAGUCCACGACUAGUCGGCCUAGGCGCCUUUGUCUCGCCUGACUAGCGCUUAGCGAUUUUUAGAACAUUAGAUUCAAGAUAUAAAUUCAGGAUAAAAAAGGACUAUUGUAUUUUCUUAGUGAUUGCUAGAGAUGACAAAUGGGUGGAUAGGAGGAUUUGGGCUGGUUAGAACAGGUCAUUGGUUAUAUGUGGGUGGGUCAAAUAUGGGUCGAGUCAUCCAAAUUAACCCAACCCAGCACCUUAUUUUUUUUGUUAUCGGAACCGAAAUUUUUUUCCUCCCCUCUCCCUUGCAUGGACAUUAAGAGCCCGUUUGACAGCCUUGGUUUUACACUAAAAAGAGCUAUAAUGAAAACAAAUUUUACUUGUUUCCACCAGAUUCACAUGUUCUUAAUUCAGAUACAUUGAAAGUGAGUAAAAAAAGUUUUGGCAUGUGUAUAAAAGUCUUGUACCAUGUGUGGGGGAGAGGUUUUUAUGCAUUGAAAAUUUGGCAUUAACAAAAAUAGUUUUGUCAUUAACAUUCUCCAUAAAGGAAAUUGAAAUUGGGUGACCAAAGUAACAUAAUCUUUAUGUAGAACUCUCCGCUCUCGCUCUACGCUUUGGCUUUCAACCUCGCUCUUGCAAAUUUUAGUAGUUUAAGAAAGUGUCCAAAUAUGCUUUCACGCUCAUGUUUCCAUUCACGCACAUUCUCACACAUGUGACUAAGAUCAUGACUUCUGAUAAUCAAUUCCUAAACUUUUAGCUAUACGUUAGCAGAGGCAUAAUGCUAACAAAACUGAUGAAAACCAAUUACAAAGCACAACAUUGGACAUCCCCUUCUAUUAAACGAGGCUCUGUUUCAACCAGCAAAAACAUUAGUUUUUGACUUUUUUCUUUUUGCUUAAAAAGCAAUGUUUAGGUUUUGUUCGGUUGUCUUAAAAAACUGUUAUUUUCCCAAGAUAUAUUUUCCCUCAUUAAUUAUUUUGGUAUCUGAUCAUAAUUUCUUUGUCAAAAAAAUAAUAAUAUGAAAAAUAUGAAAACUCAAAAGGCCAAAGAGCUAGCUCAAGUAGCUUGGCCUUUUGACUUUAUCAUUUUUCUCCUGUAGUAUUGAGUUUUCUUUUGAAGUGAAUAGUGUGCUUGUGUGUGGUUUUUUAAACAAUGGAAUCUAUUCAUAAAUUUUUUAUCUUAUUUGUAGUUCAAAUUCUAUAAUAAGUUGGUUGGUUUAUUAGAAGCAGAUUACAUAUAUCUUCAUCUGCAACUUUAUUAUGUACGUAUAUUUUUGGUCGUUAAGUUAGUACCACCUGCUUUUGGUACUCUUAGAUUUAUUGCCUAUCAAAAAAAAAAAAUUUUUUUUGGUCAUUAAAUUUUGGUUAUAUGUUUUUCCACUGUUGGCCUAAAAUCCUGGAGCCGUCAUUGUAUGUUAGUACUCCCACAUGGCAUGUUAUACUAGGUGUGCUUUGCUUUUUACCAAGAUGGGACAGGUUUGAGACUAAAGAUGAUUUAUUGUUAUAGAUCGUUGUAAUUUUAGGGCUAUUACUUGUAAUCAUGUUUUCACAGCUAGGUUGCCACACACAUGCAUUUCUUUUACUAUUGCACCGACUUUUACACAAAUAAAGUUUCUUUUUUUAUGAGGACCAACUAAAUUAUACGAGAUUUUUGUGGCACGUGAAAAUGUUGUCGCUAAAAUGAUGUUCAAUGUUGAUUUAGGGACAAAGUUGUGGCUUUGUCACAAAUUAAGCAAUUUUUGUGACACUUUAUAUGUUGUGAAAAAAAUCUUUUUUUUUUGGUUGAAAUUGUCACCAAAAUCUUGUCACACUUGAUUUUGGUGUCAUUGUUUUCCCUUGAAACUUUUUAGUGACAAGAUAAAAAUUGUCACGGAAUACUUAGGGGUUGUUUGAUAACCUAAAUUCAGCACUUAAAACUGAAUCAAUUAAGUAAUAUGUGAUUCAGUAGGUUUGAUAACCACAUUUUACAUUGUUUAACAAAUUAAAUGCUACUUAAAAUGUAGGCUAAAAAGUUGAAAAAAAUUAAGUAGCUUUGAGCUACUUAAUUUUUGCUGAAUUUUUGUGUAUUUUGCAUUCAAUCACCAUACCACCACCACUCUACCACCACUACCAACACCACCACUCCACCACCACCACCACCACCACUCCAGCCCACCACCACUAUCACGCCGCCGCCUCCAUUGCACAACCACCACCACCACUCCAGCCCACUACCACACCACCACUACCACGCCGCCACCACAAUGCCAUCAUUGCACAACCACCACUCCACCGCCACCACUCACUGCCACCAUUACACCACCAUCACUCCUCCGCCACCCCACCAUUACAUCUCCACCGCCACCACUCCAACAUCAC